CAUGGUGUCAGCUGUCUCUGUUAUUGGGUUCCGCAACAAGCAAUCGCCAUAAGUUGUUGCACGCACCUGCACGUCAUUCUGAAGAGUUGUUAAGUAUAUCAAUUUUCUGUUCAGAAAAAUACUGAAAUCUUAAGACUACUGAUCAAUUUAAUACAAAUUAAGACAGAGUAGUUUCAAAGAUGGAUCGCAGUAAAGUUGGCGAGUUGAUGGUCAUCACUGGGAAUUCUCAUCCUGAACUAGCAGAUCUUAUAGCCAAACGAUUGGGUAUCAAGGUUGGAGCAGCUUCAAUUUAUCACAAGACUAACAGGGAAACUAUGGUUGACAUUGCUGAUUCUGUCAGAGGAAAAGAUGUCUACAUUAUUCAAACAGGAACCAAAGAUGUCAACAACAAUAUUAUGGAACUAUUGAUCAUGGCUUACGCCUGCAAAACGUCGUCGGCUCGCAGCAUCGUGGGUGUAAUCCCCUAUCUACCCUACAGUAAACAGUGUAAGAUGCGAAAGCGAGGAUGCAUCGUGUCUAAGCUGGUUGCUAAGAUGAUGUGCCGCUCUGGAUUGAACCAUCUCAUCACUAUGGAUCUGCAUCAAAAGGAAAUUCAAGGUUUUUUCGACUGUCCAGUCGACAAUCUCCGCGCGUCUCCCUUUCUUCUUCAAUACAUUCAAGAAUCCAUCCCAGAUUUCAGAAACGCCGUUAUUGUAGCUCGUGAUCCCGGAUCGGCCAAGAAAGCCACUUCAUACGCUGAGCGUCUUCGUCUGGGAAUCGCUGUCAUUCACGGUGAACAGAAGGAAGCCGAGUCAGACAUGGUGGAUGGUCGGCAUUCUCCUCCGACACUACGCAGUCGCACCAUGGAUGCUGCUCGUGGAAUGCCCGUCAUGACUGCUAAAGAAAAACCGCCAAUCAAUGUCGUUGGAGACGUAGGAGGCAGGAUCGCCAUCAUGGUGGAUGACAUGAUCGAUGAUGUCAGAUCUUUCGUGGCUGCUGCUGAAGUCCUGAAGGAUCGAGGCGCUUACAAAAUCUACGUGAUGGCCACUCAUGGAUUACUUUCAUCAGAUGCUCCAAGGCUCAUCGAAGAUUCGCCAAUCGACGAAGUGGUUGUUACCAAUACGAUUCCACACGAAAUUCAAAAGAUGCAGUGCCAUAAAAUCAAAACAGUAGACAUCAGCGUCCUCUUGGCAGAGGCCAUUCGGCGUAUCCAUAACAAAGAGUCCAUGUCGUACCUGUUUCGUAACGUCACCCUCGAAGAUUAAGGAAGAAAGAAAACAUUUCGCUUGCUGGGCCUUAACAAUUCAUGUGAGAUGAAAACAUUCUAUAGCUGCUGGUGAGGUAAUCAUUCUAUUUUUGAUUAUUUCACUUUAGUCAAUAUUCACAAAUAUAAAUUAGCUUGCAGAACUUGGAAUGUGGAUUUUCGUAUAAGGUUUUUUUGUUUUGUCCCGGGUUUAUAUGCGUGUAAUGUUCGAAAGAUAUUGUUACUUUUCGUUUCUAAUUGGUAGUGAUGUUAUUACACCCCCUUAAACAAG